ACAGUUCGUAUAGGCAGAAACUCGACAACGUUAGAAUCAGUUGAUAUUUGGUAUCCAUACGAAGCGCAUCAAAUUUGCACAAUUAAAGAGAGACAAGCACAUCUUUGAAAUAUGAAGUUUGGCAUUGCAGUACUUUUUGCCUUCAUGCUGUAUCUGUCUCCAAAAGGUAUGCCAUAAUUUCACGGUUGUUUUUCUGACCACUAUUUUACGCUGGUUUAUAUUUCCAUUUGUUGAAUACCUCUCAUGCAUAUCCACGAAACCAAUACCGCUACACCGACUUUCAUUCAGUUUAUCUCAAUUACAGUUUUAUCUGUUUCUAUAUACGUUAAAAAAAUCAAUAAAUUUUCUGAAAUUCGCGUGGAAAUGCAAGUCGUAGAAAAUGAACAGAUGCCAUAUUUAGUGGCGAAAGGAAAAUACGUGGUAGUGCAUAGAAUUUAGAGAAAGUUUAAUAUUCGACGUUUGACUCCCCUAAUAAUUUAAAUAAAUACAAAUAAUUGCUGGCUCCUAAUUUUCUAGUAUUUGGGGCAGAGACAGAUGUCGUGCGUAUUUUUGACGAAAACCUGAAGGUUACUGAGCAAGAGAUGAAAAAGUAUUUGAAGGAGGCAAAUUUGGAGAAAUAUGGCUUUGUUAGAAGUGAAGAAAAGUCCACUGAAACAGAUGAAGAUGGGAAGAAAAUUGCAAAGAAAACCAUUUACUACAUGGUAUCUGAUGAUUGCUCCAGGGUUAUGUUCUGGGAAAGUGUUCUGGAGCAACGUUUGCCAGAGAAAUUGAGAAAGUCGAAUAUAUUUUCCAAAACCGUGAAGGAAGUGGAAAGUCGUAUCAAGGGACGCAAAACCAAGGCUUGCAAAGUUGGGUUAGAGAUUCAUGUUAAUCCGAAUCGAUGCCUUUUCAACAAGUCCGCUGAUGAAGGUGGGGAAAAGAAGCGUGGUUUCCGUCGAGGUUGUUGCAACUGGUUUAAUUGUUGUCGCGGAUGCUCUAAUGCCGCAAUUACAUACGCCGACUAAGGCUGGACAUAUUAUGCUUUAUUACCGGACUGGAAUCAGGAUAAUUGAUCAAUUAGAUUAGACAUUAAUCACCGACUUUUUAUGCAUAAGCUUAUGAAUUUGCACCGGAAUUGUAUUGUUGCACUUAGCUAUAUAGUCUUGUUUAUGCUUCAUGCAUACCAGAGUUUACUUUUUUAUUAUAAGUUUGACGUACUGUUGUAUUUGAUUAACUUUUGAAUAAAUUUGUGUUUUGCAA